GACAAUUAAAAUUGUGCGAGCGUGGGGCGUGAUCACCUGGUCCGAGGCGCACGAUGACACAGUUUGCAUUUGCACAGUCACCAACGCACAGCGCCUCCGGUACUGGCAGAUAUUAGGAUAUAAUAAUACGGCUACAAUAGCAAGGAAACAACCGUGUGUGUGUAUAUAUAGACGACACAACUUAUAUGAAAAAAUAUAUAUGAUAUUUAAUAAACAUUACGAAAAAAAACAAUAUAAGGGACGACAAGGCGACAAAUUGAACUGAGCAGAUAGCCUGAGGAUAAUUGAUUUGUAGUUCAGCCCCAAAAAUUAGCUCAGUUCACUCACCUAUCGGGCUCACUUUCUCGUCGGCGGACGUCGCAUUUGGUUCAGCGAUGAGCGUCAAUCAGAAGGGCAACGUAUACGAGUCUCACCAGAAUUACGACAACGAUGCGUUCGACGGCUCGCGUACCGGCUCGCCCACGGGCUCGGUCCGCACAAUGUCGGCGAGCAGCGCUUUCGGCGUGCCGAGCCACAAGGAGAUGCUCACGGAGCCGGUCUCCACGGCGGGGGCCGGGCUAGCCCUCGCUGUGGCCCAAGAACAGCAACCGGGAUGCUGUGGCAAGGUCGGCAAGGCCAUCCGAGGGUUUUGGGGGACGCGCCUCACCGAAGUCAAUGCCACUCGGGAGCAGUACUUCAAGACGACCCUCCGUGAACUCAUCAUUUACGUCGUCUUCCUCAUUGACCUCUGCCUGUUGACGUUUGGGAUGAUGAACACCAACACGUACUAUUACACGAAGGUGAUGAUGGACCUGUUUGUGGAAUCCCCGGUCUCUCCCAUCGAUGGGACCAACUUCAACAGCAUCAGCAGCAUGGACGACUUCUGGAAGGUCGUGCAAGGUCCAGUGCUGGAUGGGUUGUACUGGGAGAAGUGGUACAACGACGAACAGCUGCCCGUGAACCAAUCGUUCAUACAAUACGAGAACGUGAUGUUGGGCGUGCCAAGAGUUCGCCAGCUCAAGGUGCGCAAUGGCUCCUGCACCAUUUAUUCCCUCUUUCGGAACAUCAUCCCCGGAUGCUACGAUGGAUACUCGCCCGGUGAAGAAGACAAAGACACAUUUGGAAGAGGCACAGGCACAGCAUGGAGGUAUUGGUCAGAAGAAGAGCUAUCUGGGUCAUCCCACUGGGGACUGCUGGCUCAAUAUAGCGGAGCCGGCUACUAUAAAGACCUCUCACGUCGCAAGAACGAGAGUGCACCGAUGCUGCAGGAGCUGAAGGACUUCCUCUGGCUGGACCAUGGAACUCGAGCCGUUUUCAUUGAUUUCACCACCUACAAUGGGAACAUCAACCUGUUCUGUGUCGUCAGGCUGGUGGUCGAGUUCCCUCUCACCGGAGGGGCACUGCCCUCAUAUCAGUUUCGCACCGUGAAGCUCAUCCGCUACGUGAGCGCCUUCGACUACUUCAUCAUGGCGUGCGAGGUCAUCUUCUGCUGCUUCAUUCUCUACUACAUGGUCGAAGAAGGCCUAGAGCUGCGUCUCCAUGGCACGAAAUAUUUCAAGAGCGUGUGGAACUGCCUGGACAUCAUCGUGAUUGUGCUCUCGAUGGUCGCCAUUAUCUUCAACAUCUGUCGAACCAUCGCUGUGAGUAACCUACUCGGGGCGCUGCUCAAUGAUCCCAACAUCUACGCCGACUUUGAAUACCUCGCCUUCUGGCAGACACAGUUCAACAACAUGUUGGCCAUCAAUGUGUUCUUUGCCUGGAUCAAGAUCUUCAAGUACGUGAGCUUCAACAAGACCCUGACGCAGCUCUCCUCCACGCUGGCUCGCUGCGCCAAGGACAUCCUGGGCUUUGCCGUCAUGUUCUUCAUCAUCUUCUUCGCCUACGCGCAGACAGGAUACCUCGUCUUUGGCUCUCAAGUGGAGGACUUCGGCAGCUUUGUGAACUGCAUAUUCACGCAGUUCCGCAUCAUCCUGGGCGAUUUUGAUUUUCAUGCCAUCGAGAACGCCAACCGGAUCCUGGGCCCCAUCUACUUCACCACCUACAUUUUCUUUGUCUUCUUUGUUCUGCUGAACAUGUUCCUGGCCAUCAUCAACGACACUUACACGGACGUGAAGGCAGAGCUGGCGGACACGAAGGACGAUUUUGAGUUUGGCGACUUCUUCAAGCAGGGUUACAAGAAUAUGCUGAACAAACUGAAAAUGAAGAAGGAUGACAUCGCAGAUAUGCAACGUGCCUUGGACUCAGCUGGAAAGCACUUAGAAUAUGACAUCUGGCGCAAGAAUCUCAAACAGCUAGGCCACUCUGAUGAGGAAAUCGCAGCUGCCUUUUCCAAGUUUGACAAGGACUCGGACAACGUGUUAGACGAAGAUGAGCAGAAACAGCUAAGAGCGGAGCUUGAGGGACAGAAGGAUAAAUUAAAUGAGGAUAUUGAGGCUCUGAAAACCAUGGAUAAUUCUGGGAAACCUGGAGAUGCAUCUCGUGUGACAAAGGACGACUUCAACAGGCUUGCCUCCCGGGUUGCUAAGAUAGAGAGCUCCAUGGGCAAUCUCAUGUCCAAGGUGGAGUCCCUGCUGACCAAGCUCGAGAUGGACACACCUGAAAACAAAGAACACAACGUACGCAACAAUUUCCACCAGAAAGAAAAUGACAAUAAUAAGGACAACAUUCUGUGAUUGUCAGGGAUGGAAACCUGCAGAAUACCAGUGGCAAGAUACACGUGACCAACAUAUAACAAUAUUUAAGAAGUCAAACACUGGCCCAUAAUCCAUUCCAAAAUAUAACAUUAACCUGAUCCAAAAAAGUCAUGGAAUUCUCAGUUCACAAUAAAAUAGUUUAAACACCUUAUGGAUCCCCAAUAAAUGAUUGGCUCCUUAACUUACUAGUAAUAUAAUGCCUUUAAAGCCUCUAGAGAGGGGAUCUGUCUUAAGCUCCCUGUAGUGGAGGCCUUUCCACCAGCAAUGACGUGAACAAGCAAUUGCAGGCCUGGGAUGUUACCUUUCAUUCUUUAAGUCUACAUACACUGUGUGGUUUCGGUGUGAUGAUCACAUCCCAUUGAUCACAUCGAAAUGACAUGUUAAAUCUAGGCCUUUCCCGAAAUGUAGAGAAAUGUAUUUCGAAUUUAGUGAACAAGUAUCAAAUGUGCAGCAACUGUAUACAUUACAACAGCCCUGUGUGAUAAAAUAAGAAGAGACCCACCUCUCCACAGUAGAAUGCUCUAUGGUAAUUACGCAAUUUAAUUUCACUAUUGAAAUACUAACAAACCUAUUGUAAAUCUGUAAAAAAAAUCUACUGCAUUUUAUGCAUUCAUGCAGUCAACCACAUUCGAGGCUUACUUAAUUAUGUGACUAAGAUCAUUCAAAGAGCCAUAAUCCUUUCUUGCUUUUAAGGUGCCAAAUUUAAAAAAUAAAAUUCAAAAGGGCAUUCAUUGACUUGGGCCCUGCCAAGGGCAUAGUUGAAAUGAGGGUGGGGAUUUUUAACUGGUCAUGCUCGCUUUUCUGCAAUGUCAUCAGAUUUGGCACACAAAAUAUAGAAAUUAUAAGCUCAAGUGCUCCUAUGAUUACAGGUGUUUAUGAAAUAACUUGAAUACUUCUUAGCAAGUUUGUAUUUGAGCCCUAAGGCAUUGGCCAGAAUUGAGAAAACAUAUCAACCGGUAUCACCUGUUUACAAAUUGGUGUUACAUCAUAACGGAUAUAUUCAGCCCAUUUCCACAUUUCUAGAUAUGAAGCAGCCCAUCAAAACCUGCUCUCCAUGGCAAUCAAACUAAUAAAGUUGUACUCUUGCUAAUAGGUGACAGUUUUUUUGUAUUAGCAGCUUACAACCCUGUGGAGGCAAUGAUUGGUGGAUCACACAGAUGUUGUGAAACUCCCUUUCUUUUGGGCGUCGAUGUGCCAUACCCUGGCUAGCCACGAGAAGGCAGUACUGCAAGUGGACUAAUCUCCAUUGGUGUCCAUCUGUAUGGGGAUGGAGUAUUGCCCCACACGUGUGCUUGGGUUUUCUCCAGGUGUUCCGGUUUACUGAAACUUGUAUAAUAACUAAUUUAUUGGCGUAAACAUCUUUAAAUAAAAACCCAAAUGCAGGACCCUCCUGAAAAAAGAGUCAUUUGACUUAGCGUCGUUUCCCUGAAUAAAUAAAACUGCACUUUGUGUUCCAAAGAGCUAUUUAUAAGCUAUUAUAUGACAUUGGUAUAUCCAUGGGCUCAAAUGUCAACAUCAAACAACGCUAAAUCCCAACUCCGAAUACACGAUGCUAUUGCCUAUUAUCAAAUGGAGGUGAAGUGUGCAGAUAUGCAGGUAAUAUAUGAAUGGUGGCAUCAUAGACAACAUUAUUUUCAUACUCUUUGGUUCUUUUGGUAAAGUCACGUAGGUAUAAAAAUAAAAUAAAUCA